AUGGCUUCGUCGUCGGCCGACGCUCAUUCGCAGCCGCGACGCCCUCCUCCAAUGGCCCGCCAGUCGUCCACGUCGUCGCAAAGAUCGCAUUCGCCUUCCGAAUCCACCCAGCACAAAGCCAAGGGUCCGCGCCAGCACGUCGUUGGCGGCAGCAGUCGCAUGCAGCGGAAUCACUCUGUUGGCAAGAACCUCAACAAGCUGAGCAAGCAGGCCCAGGCGCCCGGCAACGAGGGAAACGCCGUAAAGCACCACCGCCGCGCGCACUCUGGCAACUCGACCUCUGCGCCCAGCAGUCCGCGCCCCGGAAUCAAACGCAAUGCGUCCGCCGGCGCAGUACUGAGAGUCGGCAAGCACGGCCACACUGCGAGUGGCAUACGCAAGAACCACUCUAGCGGCCACCUGCCACGGGACGGUGGUUCCAGGCCGGCGCUGAAGGCAUCAAAGAGCGAGAUAGCACCACCGAAGCGUUCCCUGAUCAAUCCGGGCAAGGCCCGCGAGCCCUCACCUGAAGACGACCAUCCAACUGUGCAUUUCGACGUGGCAGACGAGGAGGGACAGGACGACGGCUGGACCGAGGAAAGCGCAUCCCAAUCACCCACCACGACACGAUCAAAUACGCGCUCCAACUCGGUCGUGCUUGAUCCGCAUAAAGCGGCAGAAUACAGACCAAUGGAAAGAUUGGGAGGUAUAUCACGGGCAGAGGGAAGUAGCCAGCAAGCUUCGGGCACUUCGAGCAUGUCGAUGCGGGCUCUCCCGGACCGAACGCAGCAACAAACGCGACCGGCGAACGGCAGCAGCACUCACCACCAUUCACACUCCCGACCGGCCGAUGCGGAUAUGAUUACCUCACGGUUAUUGCAGCGCGGCUCUCUUCAUAACCCUGCUCCGCAGAUGUCUGCAGUGGCUGCGACCGUGGUAUCGAACCAUAAUGAGCCGCGCGAACUAAGUCAAAGCGCCGGCUCAACGUUGGUGGAUACUCCUGGAAGAGACUUGGUUUCUCGUUUCAUCGAUGGGGAUGGUUCGGCAGGCACGCCGAACAGCAGCUUUUUGCCGUCACGAAACGGGUCGGGCAACGGGAACCUCAAGAGAAACCGGUCCAUGCCAAACGUCGCAGAUGAAGAGACACCAACGCGAACCCCACGCAGAUCGGGCACUAGCACCCCCACAGACCUACCACCCUCGCGAACACAGCAGAAGCUAAUGCUCCAGCGCGCCUCUUCUGCCAUCGAGCCACAAAAGCUGAUCCCUUCAAUCUUACCGCGGACGGGUGGACCCACAGCACUCUACACGGGGAUGACAUACAGUACAAACGGUGAAGGGCGUUUGGAUCCUCGUCUACAACAACAGUUCAACCACGUCUCCGUAGAAUACAAUGUCGUGCGAAGGUAUCGCAACCCGCUUGUUGAGGCCAUUGUUCGGAUUGAACAGAUGCCUGGGACACCGCGCAAAAGUCGCGUGCCGAAGUCGGCCGGCACAAAUGGGUUAUCCAAUGUGCACGGCGGUAGUAGUCUGAGUGCGAGUUACAACGAUGAAAUAAACGAUUCUGCCAGCCGGAGGUCGCGGGUCAGCUUCGAACACGGCCGCAAUAGUCGUGAAGAGGGCGAUCUUGAAGGGAGGGAAAGCUUUGAGAGUGAUAAUGGCAGGAUUCGGAACGAAGUAGAAGAGCUAUGCCGACGGUUGUGGGAGAGCAGCGAGGCUGCGGAGCACGACUGA